ACCGGUGUUUCGUUUUCACAGCCCCCUCCACACCGGUCCCACGUUUGUCUGUAGAGGUCACCUCUCACUCACAGCUUCCACUCAUCAACAACGCGACUUCAUCUCACAUUUGACUCACCCUCGACGCACAGCUAACAUCCCCUCCUUCCACGCAGCGCAACGCUCCAUCUGCUUUCCAGUAAUCCCAAAGACCCCACCGCAAAGCCGUGAUCAACAUGGCCACUUGGGAGACGAAUGACGCUGCUUGGGGUGCGGGUGAAGGCACUGCCUUCGCUGACAGCAAUGGCUUUGAUGACCAUGGUUCCGGCAACCCCGUUGACGACUUUGCUGCUGCCGAUGGCGCUGGCCAUCAGGAGCCCAACGGUGCUUGUCACCGUUGCAACGAAGAGGGGCACUAUGCCCGCGAGUGUCCUAACGCUCCGGCUAUGACCUGCCGCGAGUGUGACUCGCCCGACCACGUCGUCAAGGACUGCCCGGAGAGGUCCUGCAAGAAUUGUGGCGAGAAAGGCCACACCAUCGCCAAGUGUGAGGCAGCUCGCGCUAUCGACCGCAGCCACUUGCCCGACAAGACCGUCGAGGAGGCCUGGAGCAUGAUUGUCGAGGCUGCGAAGGAGAAGGAGGUCACUGAGGUCAAAGAGGCUAUCCAGAUUUACCUCAAGGCCAGCCCUGAGACGACUUAUGUGCAGCUGGAGGAGGCCCUUCGUGCCCAGGAUGUCAACUUGUGGCUGAUUGCCAUUGAGAGGCCCGUCAUGACCACCAUGACCAACAUGGAUUUGCAGGGCGGCCUCAACAAGAAGUACACCGUCACCUACCGGUUCCAGUGGAACCCUCCCCGUCCUCGCGACCGUGAGUUGUGGCCGGCCGAUGUUGCCGAGAAUCUUGAGCGUCUGCAGGACGCCGGUGAGGUUGUCUCUCGCGGCAUACCCAAGUGCGGCAACUGCGGCGAGUUGGGGCACAUUCGGAAGAGCUGCCCUGAGGAGGGUGCGGAGAAGGAGGAGCUUGUCAUCAAGUGCUUCAACUGUGAGGAAGUCGGCCACCGUAUCCGCGACUGCCCCAUUCCUCGCGUGGACAAGUUUGCCUGCAAGAACUGCGGACAGAGUGGUCACAGAGCAUCUGAUUGCACCGAGCCGCGCUCCGCUGAGGGUGUUGAGUGUCGCAAGUGUAACGAGAUGGGUCAUUUCAGCAAGGACUGCCCUCAGGGCGGUGGUCCUCGCGGCUGUCGCAACUGUGGCCAGGAGGGCCACAUGGCGAAAGAGUGCACCGAGCCCAAGAACAUGGACAACGUCCAGUGCCGCAACUGUGAUGAGUUCGGACAUUUCAGCAAAGAGUGCCCUAAGCCUCGUGAUAUCACCCGCGUCAAAUGCUCCAACUGUCAACAGAUGGGACACUACAAGUCCAAGUGCCCCAACCCGCUCGUUGACGAGGAUGCCGCACCCAGCUUUGACAAUGCGGGCUUUGACAAUGCCGGUUUUGACAACUCGGGCUUUGACAACGGCGGUUUCGAUCACCAAGCUGGUGGCGGUGGUUGGGAGUCCUCUGCCGUGGCUGCUGGUGGAGACUGGUAA